UCCAGCGUAAGAUGCUAUGCUGCGGCCCCAGCUGGUGGUAAAGUUGAACGUACUGCUCUGUACGAUUUCCAUGUUAAGAAUGGUGGCAAAAUUGUAAAUUUCGGCGGCUACUCACUGCCGGUACAGUAUUCCGAUCAAGGUAUUGCCGCCUCACAUUUGCAUACCCGGAAAUUUGCUUCGAUCUUUGAUGUCUCGCACAUGUUGCAAACCUAUAUACGUGGCAAAGAUGCCAUCGAGUGUAUGGAAUCGGUGUGUACUGCCGAUAUCCGUGGGACCGCUAAUGGUAGUGGUUCAUUGACCGUUUUCACCAAUGAUCAGGGCUGUAUUUUGGAUGAUUUAAUUGUCAAUAGGGUUCAGGAGGAUGUACUCUAUGUUGUGUCCAAUGCUGCCAUGAAAUCUCAAGACAUUGCCAUAAUGGAAGCGGCUGUCAAUAAAUUUAAGGCCCAAGGUAAAGAUGUUGCCAUUGAAUUUUUAACGUCAGCCGACCAAUCAUUGAUUGCGGUACAGGGCCCCACAGCUGUGGCGGCUUUGACGGCUGUAACCAAAUUGGAUUUGAGUAAAUUGUAUUUCAUGAAUACCGUGGUAACGGAAGUGGCUGGUGUGGAAAAUUGUCGCAUAACACGUUGUGGAUAUACCGGUGAAGAUGGUGUUGAAAUAUCCAUACCUUCCACCCAUGUCGAACAGGUCACAGAGGCCCUUUUGCAACAAACAAAACAACAAGUAAAAAUGGCUGGUUUGGGAGCACGUGAUUCAUUGCGUCUGGAGGCUGGCCUUUGCCUCUAUGGCAGUGACAUUGAUAACAAAACAACCCCCAUAGAAGCGGCUCUUGCCUGGUUGGUAGCCAAACGGCGAAGGGCGGAAGAAAAUUUCCCCGGUGCCCAAAUUGUCAAUAAACAACUGAAGGAGGGUGUACAACGUCGCCGCGUGGGUUUGACAAUGGAUGCGUCUGCCAAACCACCACCAGCCCGUGCCGGUGUCGAAAUCUACAAGGACUCCCAGAAGGUUGGCCACAUUACCAGCGGUUGUCCAAGUCCCUCGUUGAAUAUUAACAUUGCCAUGGGAUAUAUUCAAGAAGAAUUCAAGAAACCUGGCUCUGCUGUUCAAUUGAAGAUCCGUGAUCGUUUCUACAAUGCCGAAGUGGCGAAAAUGCCAUUCGUCAAGACUAAUUAUUAUGUAAAACCAAAACAAUGA